AUUAUCUUACGUACAGCAACGCAGGACUGCGCAGGACCAUCAAGUCAAUCAAGUCGAUCAAGUCUGCAGUGACAGAAGUAAAAGGAAGUAGGCGUCACGUAUUUCUGUUAUUUUUCUUUUGUUCCGUUCGUAAGUAAGUUAAUUUUGUAUGUAGAAACCAUAUCGGUGAGCAUUUUUUACUUUUGACAAAUGUAAAGUUCUAUAUGGAUGCAACGAUUAUAAGGAUAUUAUUUUGAAAUUUGUACUGUUUUGUACAGUUGUCGCGUAAAACAAAAUUUGGACGCGAAUGUUUGAUUUCGGAGCAGAUCAGUCCAGUUCUUAAUCCUAUAAUGUCUGCAGAAAUAAAUAUUGAUAAAGUCUGUCGACUUUGUAUGGAAGAAACUUCAAUGCUCUUACCAAUUUUCAAUGCAGAUUUAGAUCGUGAAGGUGCUUUGUUACCUCAGAUGAUCAUGGCUCUUGCAGAAAUCCAGAUGAUGGCUUGCCAAGCAAUGUCUGCCCAAAAUGUAUACAUCAGGCCAACAAAGCUUAUGAAUUCAAAAAGAAAUGUGAAGCAUCAGAUUCCAAGUUGAGAGUACACCUAUGCAAAAUGCAAGAUUUUAAGGAUGUCACUGUGAAGUCUGAGCCUAAGUGGGAUUGCUAUGAUGGUUGUGACACCUCUAGUAACCCAGCCUCCAAUGCAGAGCAAUAUGUUGAGGAAGGAAAUAGUCAUGACAUGUGGGACCAGAAUUCGGGAUACUUGGAACCAGUAGUACAGUGCACAGUCAAGGAGGAACUAGUGGAUACUGGUGAUGUUGAAAUUAUAAGUGGCACUGAUCCUGCACUCCAGUUAAAGAUAGAGUCUGCAGACAUGAAAAUAGAAGACAGUUUUAUUUCACACUCCAGUUGUGAGAUAAUGGGAAGUACAUCUGACAGACAGAUUGACAUUGUUAGAGAUGGAAACAGUGACACAUUGGAAGAAAAUAAGUUUCAUCAUAAGUGUCACAUUUGCCCAAAGGCUUUCAAGAAGAAAUUUCAACUGACAGAGCACAUGCGUACACACACAGGUAACUUGCCAUAUCAGUGCACACACUGUUUGAAGUCAUUUGCUCGUAAAUUCUCACUUAAAGACCAUUUGAACUUACAUACUGGUGUCAAACCCUAUUCUUGUACUCUGUGUCAGAAAGCAUUUGCCAGAAGGGUUACUUUAAAUGUGCAUAUUAAAGCUCAUACAGCCUCCAAAGUUUUCAAAUGUGAAAUAUGCCAGAAAUCGUUUACUAAAAAGGUGCAUUUAGCUGAUCACUUGCGACUUCAUUCUGGUGACCAACCAUUCAUAUGCAAUAUAUGUGGUAAAGCUUUCACCCAUAAAUAUUCUUUGACUGUACACUUGAGGCACCACCGUGGUGAAAAGCCAUAUGUAUGUUACUGUGGCAAAUCAUUUUCACAGCAGAGUCAUCUUACUGUACAUCAGCGGACACACACUGGUGAAAGACCUUACCAGUGCGUAAUUUGUAACAAGGCAUUCAACCACAAUGGUCACCUAAAGGAGCAUCUCAAAGUGCACAAAGUAUUAUGCUAGUUCACUUAUAUUGACUGUAGAAUGGAAUGAGGAAUGAAGGAUACAUAAUUGAUAAUACACAAAAAAAAGUGCAUAGAAGAAAUUUAAGGAUUUUAACUUGCAAAUGAGGGCAAUACUUCAGCUAUCAAUUUUUAUCAAAUGGCAAUAUGUUCCUUUAUUUUUGAAGCUGAAUUCUUAGGGUCAGGGCACAACAAAGAAACUGGCAACCGCAGCUUCCAAGAAAUUUUGAGAGACUGAAUUGAGCAGUACAAACUGGGGAAACAGCAACACAUCUCAUGAAAGACUAAGAAAAUCGACUCCUUGGCAACUGAGCCAGCCAGUCUUCUCACAGUUGUGUUGCGUCAUAGUUUUCUAGAUCCAGCUGUGCCAUUAUGCUUCUCUGAUUCAUUUGCUUCUUUAGAUGGCACAAAAGGUUAAUUUGUGCAAUUAAUUGAACAGUAGCCUGGUAUGUAUGACUGUGCUAGGCAGAGCAAAAGAGAUUUGGCUUAGGAAAGAAUUUCUCAUAAGAUGAAGGAGUCUGACAUAUAUAUAUACAGGGUGUUCCUAAAAGAAUUGUGGGGUUUUAGAUACGUAUAUAUUUCGUAUUUCUUACCAUGUACAAUCAUAACAUGUGUCAAUCGGAAGCUUAAAUGUCCAAAUUUUAUGUACAUCCAUCAAAAUGCCUCUAUGUGCGCACCUUUCGUUACGCCACACCCGCUGCAGGAUUUCAGGUGUGAUGGUCUCCACAGCACGAUUGGUUCUGUUUCGGAGAUCCUGGAGGGAUUGGAGCAGUGGGGUUACAUAAACCACGUUCUUCACGUACCCCCACAAGAAGAAAUCACAUGGAGUUAUGUCCAGGGAUCGGGGUGGCCACCGGAGAAGGGGGGCAUCUUCACCUGCAGCAUGUCCAGUCCAUCAUUGCGGAAGGACCAGAUUAAGCAAACCUCUCACAAUGCUAUGGAAAUGUAGGGGAGCACCGUCCUGUUGGAAAAUGUAGUCAUUGGAAUCAUUGACCAGUUGUGGAAACAACCAAUUUUCCAGCAUGUCUUGAUAGGUGUUACCAGUCGCCAUCUUCCAUUUCAUGCCUCCUAACUGUUGGAAAUGGAAAUAGGAAAGAGCGUGAUAUACAAAAUGAAAAUUUGAGAGCCGCGUUAUGAGUCCAUAUAUGUUUUGCUUUUCAUCACCAAAAACUGACGGAGAUAUACGGCAAUGAAACCCCACCAUUCUUUUAGGAACACCGGUAUAUAUA